CCGAACAAUAGGGGGCAGUGUAGGUAUGUCCGCCCCAGUCAGAAGCGGAAGUUCAAGUGGCAGGUCGCCGGUUUCUGCUCGGGUCUCCUAACAAAAGAAACAGGUCGUUUUAACAUGGUGAAGAUAUUUGUCGGGAACCUGCCCCAAGAGGCAACCGAGGAGGAAAUCAAGGCCCUCUUCUUGGAGCACGGCACAGUCACCGAAUGUUCCAUCGUCAAAAACUUCGCUUUCGUCCACAUGGAUGACCGCAAGGCUGCGACGAAAGCCAUCAAGGCCUUGCAUCUCCACAAGCUCCACGGCUCGCAGAUCAACGUGGAGGCCAGCCAUGGGAAGAACUAUGGCGCGGUCAAGCUGCACGUUGCCAACGUGGAAAGGGGAAUGGAAGAAGAACUCCGAGCGUUGUUCGAAGAGUAUGGCAAGGUCACGGAGUGUGCCAUUAUUAAGAAUUUUGCUUUUGUGCACAUGCCGAAUUCUGAUGAGGCCAUGGAUGCCAUCCAGGGAAUUGACAAUAUAGAAUUUCAGGGUAAACGCAUCCACGUACAGAUUUCCAAAAGUCGCCCCCGUGACGAGCAGGAGGACUACCCUCCUCCCCCAGAUGGUGGCGGGUUUUGGCCCCCGCCUUUCCCGGGAAACAGGCUGGAGCCUCCCCCGCCAGGCUUCAUGAGAGGUCGCCCCAUGGGCCCCGGUUACCCCGCCCCUCCUUUGCCACCCCCGCCCCCGAGGCGAGCCAUGUACCCCGAAAGUCCUUACGAGGGUGAUCACGGCGGUUACGGCGUAGUCGAUUACUAUGAAAAAUACAGAGCCCGUCCUUACGGCAUGGGUCCGGGUGGUCCACCGCCGCCCCCUCCGCCGCCUCCUCCCCCUCCCGGCGUCUCGCGCAUGAACUCGCCGCUUGACCCGUACGAGCGUCGGCCGCCGCCUCCCCCCCCUCCUACGUCGGCGUACUACGGCCGAGAUCGCAGCCCCCACCGCAGAGCGCCAAAUGCGGCCUCUCCUCCGACCGGUAACGGCUACGCCUACGAGCGCUCCAGUAUCGCUCCCGUUUCCCGGGUCCCGCCGUACGGACUUCCUCGGCCCAGGGACCCUUAUGCACCGCGACUGCCGCCUCCGCCCCCGCCGCCGCCUGAACGCUACGGUUAUUAAGCGAGGCCCCGGCAUUUGAAGUUAAGGAUCGUCGUUCGCCUUCCUUCGUCGCCUCUCGCCACCAUCGGAUGUUCGUGGCGCUAUCUACUUCCUGUCUGCGGCGGAGCGCGUUAAUGUUCCCCUGCAUUGCAAAGGAACUGAAAUGCCGACGUCCUCGUCGAUUUUUUUCUUUUCCCACGUUUUGCUCCACUUUUUACACAAAUCCCCCCCCCUUGAUUGUUUCAUUGUGAUGUAGAAAAUUGUAAUCUUUGCAGCCGAAAUCGUUUUCUUUUUAAAUUAGCUUCUAAUAUGUGACAUUUUAGUUACCGGGUCUGAGUCGAAACAGUGAGUGUAAAUGUCGACGCGCCUUGGUAUUAAAUGCGGAGCGGCACUCGACUCUCGACAAAAGCGACUCCCGUUGACGUCGAAACCUGAACGUGCUUAAAACCGCUGCUCGGAGCGCUCCUGUACCAACAUACCCUGUCUGUGCACUCUUGUAAAUUAAACCCAGCAGAAAAAACACUCAGAGUGGCCCUUAAAAAAUGUGAUAAUCCCGGCGAUCCAUGUCCUCGUAAAAAUGUUGUACGAGCUGUUGUCAUAAACCCCAAAAUAGUUCA